CUGCUUCCAGCUGCAGCAUUGACAGACGGACCGAAAACAAAAUGAUAGUUCAACUUCACUGAUGAGCUGCGAUCUAAUGACAGCGUUAUUAUCGCAUCCCGACACAUUUCAGUGACCGCUGAUUUAAAUGUCAUUUGUCUGGACCUGAGCCGUGUGGCAGUGACAGAAAACCAAGAUGCAGUUCUCUCCCAACAACGGAGAUUUCACGUUCGUCUCUUCGACUGAGGCUGAAGAGCUAAGUGGCACCAUCAGUUCCCCAGACAUUAAACUAAACAUGGGCAGUGACAGUGGUAAAGACCCAUAUGCCACCACCUUUCUGAGGCAACGAGGCUACGGCUGGCUACUGGAGGUGGAGGAGGAGGACAGUGAAGACAGCAAACCUCUUUUGGAGGAGCUGGACAUUGACCUGAAGGACAUCUAUUACAAGAUUCGUUGUGUACUGAUGCCAAUGCCAUCACUGGGUUACAACCGGCAGGUGGUCAGAGACAACCCGGAUUUCUGGGGCCCUCUAGCUGUGGUGCUGCUCUUCUCCAUGAUCUCCAUCUAUGGACAGUUCAGGGUCGUGUCUUGGAUUGUCACCAUCUGGAUAUUUGGGUCACUAACGAUUUUCCUUCUGGCCCGUGUUCUUGGUGGUGAAGUUUCCUACGGCCAGGUUCUUGGAGUGAUUGGAUAUUCCCUUCUUCCUCUCAUCGUCAUAGCCCCCCUGCUCUUAGUGAUUGGGGGGUUCGAGGUUGUCUCUACACUAAUCAAACUGUUCGGAGUGUUCUGGGCUGCGUACAGUGCUGCUUCACUGCUCGUCGGAGAUGAAUUUAAAACGAAGAAGCCCCUUCUCAUAUACCCCAUCUUCCUUUUGUAUAUCUACUUCCUAUCACUAUAUACUGGUGUGUGAUGGGUUGAGUUGAAACUGUGGACCUUUUAAUGGACAGUGACCCAGGAGCAUGGGGGUGAAAAGUCAAACUACGGAACCAAGAUUUUUUUUUUUUUUUAAAGGUGUUUAUUUCUUUUUUAACUCUGUUAAACUCUAGAUGACGGGGAAUGCCUGGAAUAUAUAUCAAUGUAUAUAGUUUUAUCCCUUUUGUCUUUGGUCAAUAAAAAGCAUAUGUUCUUACAGCUUCAACUUGGGUAUGCAGACUUCUCGUUCACUAGUGCAAUAAUCUCCAUUGUUAUUCGUAGUUCAUGAAGCUGGAAAUAAUCAGAGUUCAAUAUUAAUGUAAUGAUUUUUUUAAUUCGCUCUGAAUAAUGUGUUGCCAAGUAUCUGUAUUUAUGCUGAUGCUGAAGUAAGAAUUUGAGCAGAGAGACAGUUGAGCAGAAUGUCUUUUUGCACUGUAAUGUACUAUGAGAAAUGUCUAUUUAUUUUUCAUAGAGCUGUUUUAUUAAUUGAAGGAUUUCAGCAGCAGAAGCAGACUGGGACAGUUACAGUGAUAUAAAACGUUGUCUACAAAAUGUGGUGCCUUGUUUUCCCCUCAGUCCUGUUUGUCAUUUGGUUCAUCAUUUGGUUAAUAAUUAUAGUCAAUUAAUAGUCAUUUCCCACCUAUACAUUUGGUAUUUACUGACUAAUUACUGCUUUACAUACAGUCUAUACAGCUGGUCACACAAAUACAAUAAAGAAUGCUGUAUAUUGAAACACCUUUGA